AUGAGCAACCCGAAUAUACAAGUGUUUAAAUAUCAUGGACCUUAUACGGUUGAAUAUUAUAAUCAGUUUUUCAACCCGAAUACGUGUCACGUUUGUAAAACGGUAGACCGAGGUGAUUUAAUAUUAUGUGAUCGGUGCUCUUUGAUUUCUUACUGCAGCGAGAAACACAAAAUAGAGCACCACACGGAACACGAGGAAAUCUGCACAAUUAUAACGCGAUUGGGCUUACAGAAAGACACGCGCAACUAUAGCAACUGGCAACAAUGGAUUGAAUCGAGAAAUGAAUUUAUGGCAGCGAUCCAACAGAAUUUUCAUCGUCCAAUGAAAUCGUAUGAAAAGCAAAUGAUAUUGUGGUCAAAAUCGUGUGUUGUUUGUCACCAACAGACGAGACUUCAGACUUGCCAAAAGUGCUUCUCCGCUAAUUAUUGCGAUGCACACGCGGGAGCUUUCACCAAAAAACAUGAUGCGGACAAAUGCGAGCGAUUAAUGCGGUUGCUUAAUAUAGAUAUCGAAAUUAUCUCUGGUAAUACAACUGGUAUAUCGUAUGCAUUUCUUGAGUCGGUUAAUGAGAAGAAACAUUUUGCAGAGAUGCUUGAAUUUUGUGUAGAUUAUGUGCUAAUAUCGAGGAAAGAUGUAAAUUGGCUCGCUAAAGACUACAUUCUGUCUGAUCACCUUUCAGGGCCACUGACAAUCUAUUCUGGGUUUAAAAGAAAUAAUAUAUUAUUUUUUCUAAAAAAAUCAAAAAUUGUCAUUCAUAUUGUAGCCGCGACCACGGUAGAUAAAGAUAGUUUACCAGCUUGGGAAAUUUUAUUACACCUUAUACCUAAAUUGACAGAAUUAGUAAUUUUUGUUGUAGGGCCGGAUUUGACGUACUAUUCGGAUAAACAUAAACUUUGUAAGCUUUGUUCGGAUAGUAAAAAGUCAUUUUCGUUUACUGUAAUAUCUAUGUUGUACCAUGAUUAUGCAUCAUCGCCUGAGCAUUACAUACGACCAAACUUAAUCGUAGGAUUUCAUGCGGAAUUUAAUAUGAGCAACAUAUGGUCGAAAUCUAUAAAAGUAAUGGUCGAACUUUGUCCGAUACUUUUAACUUCAUCCGAAAAAGAUGCUGGAAACAGCUUAGAAGAGAUGAAAGAUAUUCUAAGCACCAAUAUAGAACCUAUCUUUAAUGGGAAAAAUUAUUUUGCUGGCCUUGCGCCACACAGAGACAUAGAGACUGGUGAUACAUAUUUUCGUAAUGAACAUUUAACUUUGCUCUCUGAAUUAAUCUGUGAUAAUGACACAUCUGACGAUACAAUAAGUAUCAGCGAAUAA